AUCGCCAUCUCAUGGCAAAAUAAAGUACUGCAUUUCCUAAAAUUAACUCCGCGGACAACGAAAUCUGAAGUUUUUUUUUUAAUCUUGCCAUUUUAUUUCCAUUUCAAUACAUUGUUUUACGUGUAGAAGCAAGCUCAAGCUGUCUGGUUAUCUAGUAGCUAUGGCGAAGAGAUUUCCAUUCUCUCCGAGCCAAAGCAAAAACCUAAAGUUUGGUGAAGCUUCUUUUGAGAUUUUAUCAGACUUUCUCAACAAUCUCAAUAUCAGAAACAAAGACAAACUGAGCAAUUUAUCAAGUUACAGUGGGGAUUUUAAAGACAAAAGGUUGAUAGAAUGCGUUUUCCUAGUCACCGAAGAGUUAAGACUUGACCCCUUGGUUGGAUAUCAUGCCGUUGAGUUACUUGAAAGGUUUACGAUAAAGCACCUGGAGGAUCUGUUUUCAACAACACACACACCUGCAGGUGUCCAUAAAGGAAAUUACGAGGACCUUGUUUAUGAGAAACUGAGUGAGAAGUUCCAUCUCAUUCUCCUCUCUUGUGUGCAAAUAGCAAGCAAACUGUCUUUGCACAGUGCUGUGGUUGACAACAACACAGCAGUGCAGUUUCUUCACUCGAUGGGCCACAGCGUCUCCAAACAAACUAUCAUGGACAUGGAGCUGAUGAUCUUGAAAGCACUUGACUUCAGGCUAAACACCCCCAACCCUCUGACUUAUGUGGAGAUACUCCUGGAGGUGCUUGGGUACAAUGACUCUUCUAUCCCUGUGGAGCACCUGCAUCACCUCUGCAGAUACGUGCUCCAGUUCACCUACCUCCAGAGGACAGCCAUCUAUGACUCCCUGCUCAUGGCCACCACUCAGUGCCUGAGCCCAUCUGACGAACAGAGAAAGACUUUUGUGUCGGUGACUGAAGACUGCAUGCUCCUUGGUGUUGGUGUCAUUGCUGUGGGCUCAUACAUCCUCAAUGUCACUAACUGGGAACAGGUAGUGGAGGAGCUGAGUCACAUCACAGGGAUCUCAGUGAAGAGCAUCAGUGAUUUCACACACAUUACACUGAUGCACAUUACCAAGAACAACUCUCCCAUGGUCACCGCAACUUGAGUCGAGUCCGAACAACACACUCAUUGAUUGAAAGAUUUUAUUUACGCUAAUUUGUUUUAAGUUGGUUUGAAACAUGACAAUGAACAAAGUUUCCUCAGCUACAGGUUCCAGGAAGUUAUUAAAGAAAGAAAGCCUUUGAGACAAACAGUAAAACAGUACAGUAAAACUACAGUGUCUGUAUGUAAAAAGAUUCACAGAAGGUUCACACCAAACAUCUGAUAUAAAAACUAGCUCUCUGA